GUGGAUGUUUUGUUUUCAUGUGUGUCUAGUGCUCACAGAGGUCAGAAGAGGGCAUCAAAUUCCCUGUGGACUGGAGAUGGCUUUGAAUUGCCAUACAGGUGCUGGGAAUCAAACCUGGGUCCUCUGAAGAGCGGCCAGUGCUCUCUCUAACAUCUUGUCACGGUUAUUAAUGGGCUAGAUCAGAUUCCUCUGAAGAAGAAAUACUGCACAUUUUAGGGCUAGUCACCAUGGUACUUUCUGUUAAUAAGGCCCUCAAUUUUAGAGAGAAAUUUCUGCCAAAUGAUCACUUUUUACUUAGAAAUGUAUUAGAGUUGGAGUUACACUUCUGAUGCCCACCACCUGCUGAACUGUGUGGCCAGAGGAGGUCUUGUCAUGUGAGCCAGUGAGCCUGUGAGCCUGUGAGCUUCCCUUUACUCUCAGAACUGAGUAAGCUGUGAAGGACUCUGCAGGGCUCAUGAUUUAUAGACUGUGUUUUGUGGAUGCAAAGCAUUUGACUAAGAGAAUUUGGUAGGCAAGGGGUGUUGGUAUUUUUCUACAUUUGUGCCAGACUUUAAAUUUCCUAAAGCAACAUUUACUGUGCUUAAAUGUGCCUUCUACAGUGAGCAUGCAAAUUAACAUAUGCUCUGAUUAAGACAUCCCUGGAGGGCUUCAGUAUAGGCGAUGGUAGGUCUGCCUCCCUGUCUCCUCGCUGUCUCUGUGCUUUUAGGGUGUUUAGUCCCUGUUAAAAUGGUGUCUAAGAUUUGAUAUACAAUUUUCUCAGCUGAAGAAUAAACCGUGGCUACUGCUCAGCUUAUCAGCAUGGGAGGGAAGUUAGAGGCAGUCUAUUUCAGGGAGUCUUCAAUGGAAGGCCCUUUGCCUUCUGCUUUAUUUUGAUUUUAUUUUUAAUUUUUAUUACUUUUUUAUUUACUUUGUAUGUGUGUGGGGGCCUAUACCUGCAACAUGUGGAGGUCAGAGAACAACUUGGGAAAGCCAGUUCUCUCCGUCCACCAUGUGGAUACUAGGAAUUGAACUCAGGUCUUAGGCUUGGCAGCAGGCCCCAUUACCCACUGAGCCCUAUCACCAGCCCUUUUCUUCUGCUUUAAAAAACCAUUAAACAGGUGAGUGAUGGUGGCACAUGCCUUUAAAAUCAGCAACCCAGAGGCAGGAGGAUCUCUUGAGUUCCAGGCCAGCCUGGUCUACAGAAUGAGUUCCAGGACAGCUAAGGCUAUACAGAGAAACCCUGUCUCAAAAAAACAAAACAAAAAGCUAUACAUGUAGCUUCCAUGAAUGAUGAAGGGAAUGAGCUGGGAUUGGUGUAAUUAUUUUAGAAAAACCAUUGCUAUUGGAGUUUUACAAUUAUGUGCAAGAUGACAUAUAAAAUUGCUGGUUUAAGUCUUAAGUUGGCAAAUGCUCUGGAGUUUAUUAAUGAAUUGCUCAUAAUCUAAAUUAUGGAUUACUUAGAGCUAGUGUGGUAGUGCACGCCUUUAAUCCCAGCACUUGGGAGGCAGAGCCAGGCGGAUCUGUGUUGAGUUCGAGGCCAGCCUGGUCUACAGAGCACGAUCCAGGACAGGCACCAAAACAACACAGAGAAACCCUGUCUCGAAAAAAAACAAACAAACAAAGAAAGAGGCUGAAGCAGGAGGAUUGCCCCAAGUUUGAAGCUAGUCUGAGCAAUAUAAUGAAGCCUUGUUUCAAAACAAGGAUUAUUUAGGUUAUUUGUGAAACUUGCUCGUGUUUACCUCCCUUCCUAACCUACUGCACCCCACCCCUCAGACGCUGAUUGGCCUGAAUAUGUGCUUUGGGCUUAAAUCUCACCACUCCCCAGUAGACAACCUUGGGCAACUAGGUUGUCCUCUGGGUCUUGUCACAAUAACUACCAAGUGUUGUAAGCAGGACCAAAUGAGGUAGAGAAUGUGAAGUGCUGUGUGCAGAGUCUCUGUGUCUCUGGAGUCUGCAUCCAAGGAGUCAACCCUUCACAGAUGGGAAAUAUUUAGGAAGGGCUGGAUAGAUGGCUCAGUCAUUAAGACAAAUACUUCUCUUGCAGAGAAGAGUUCAGUCCCCAGCACCCACAUUGGGUAGCUCCCAGCUGCCUGUUACUCCAGCUCCUGGGGUCAAGUAUCAGUUUCUGGCCUCCAAGAGCACCUGUACUCACAUGCACAAACUCACACACAUAGACCCAUGUAGCUAGAGUUUUCCUGCCUGGCCCACAGUCAGGACAAAUCUCUCUCACCCGCCAGUCCCAAGCCGCUCAAACCCGAUCAAGUAAACACAGACACUUAUAUUGGUUUCAAACUGUAUGGCCGUGGCAGGCUUCUUGCUAACUGUUCUUACAGCUUAAAUUAAUCCAUUUCUAUUAAUCUAUACCUUGCCACGUGGCUCGUGGCUUACCGGCAUCUUCACAUGCGGCUUGUCAUCAUGGCAGCUGGCAGUGUCUCCCUGACUCAGCUUCCUGUUCUCUCUAUUUUCCUCUCUGUUAGUCCCGCCUAUACUUCCUGCCUGGCCACUGCCAAUCAGUGAUUUAUUCAUUGACCAAUCAGCAACACAUUUGACAUACAGACCAUCCCACAGCAGACCCACACAUACAUAUAGUUAAAAAUAUAGUAAAUCGCCAGUCAGUGGUGGUACAUACCUUUAAUCCCAAGCACUGGGAGGCAGAGGCAAGUGGAUCUCUGAGUUCAAGGCCAACCAGGGCUACAUAGAGAAACCCUGUCUCGAAAAACUAAAAAUAAGUAAAUAAAUAAAUAAAUAGAGUAAAUCUUUUAAAAAAGAAUGCAACUGUAUUGCUCGUGUGUUCUUGCCCUCUCCUAAGCAGUGCAGUCUGACACUUGUCCACACACCAUGUCAGGGAUUAGGAGUGGUCUUAAGAUCUUAAAGUACUCUUGAAGACAUGAGUAGGUGGCAUUGUAAAUAUUCAAGCAUUUUCUUCAGAUGAUUUGAGCAUCUCAGAGUUUUGAUGUUUGAGGGGUAGUCCUAGGACCAACCCCCACAGAUACUAUGAGACAGUUGUGUUUGUGUACAUCCUUAUAUAUGUAUUUGUGUAUACAUUAAUAAGCAGCUACUGUUCUGUUAAUGAUGACAUUUUCCUAGUUACCCUGUGUUGCAUUAACUUUUCCUAGGGAGAUGCGAACAAAUGUUUAUUCAUCCCAGAUAGGGCACCAAGGACAGAGCAAAGUACGAUACCACCAAAGUACAACUUGGAGUUCAUUGACACUAAACAAGAUUGGUGAUGAAAUGGAGCCUGGAACGAACUCUUUUCGAGUAGAGUUUCCAGAUUUUUCCAGCACCAUUCUGCAGAAACUGAACCAGCAGCGCCAACAAGGACAGCUAUGUGACGUCUCCAUUGUUGUCCAAGGCCACAUUUUCCGGGCACACAAAGCUGUGCUUGCUGCCAGUUCACCCUACUUCUGUGACCAAGUCCUCCUGAAAAACAGCAGGAGGAUUGUCCUGCCUGAUGUGAUGAACCCGAGAGUGUUUGAGAACAUUCUACUCUCCAGCUACACAGGACGCCUUGUGAUGCCUGCUCCAGAGAUCGUCAGUUACUUGACAGCAGCCAGCUUCCUCCAGAUGUGGCAUGUGGUAGACAAGUGCACUGAGGUUCUGGAGGGGAACCCCACCGUCCUGUGUCAGAAGCUAAAUCACGGCAAUGACCACCAGUCUCCCAGUAGCAGUAACUACAAUGGCCUGGUAGAGAGCUUUGAGUUGGGCUCCGGGGGCCAUGCUGAUUUCCCCAAAGCACAGGAACUAAGGGAUGGUGAGAAUGAAGAGGAGAGUACCAAAGAUGAGCUGUCAUCUCAGCUCACUGAGCAAGAGUACUUGCCCAGUAACUCCUCCACAGAGCAUGACCGACUGAGCACCGAGAUGGCCAGCCAGGAUGGGGAGGAAGGGGCCAGUGACAGCGCUGAGUUCCACUACACCCGGCCCCUGUACAGCAAGCCCAGCAUAAUGGCUCACAAACGCUGGAUCCACGUGAAGCCUGAACGCCUGGAACAGGCCUGUGAGGGCAUGGAUGUGCACGCGGCCUAUGACGAACACCAGGUCACUGAGUCCGUCAACACCAUGCAGACGGAGCACUUGGUCCAGCCUUCGGGAGUAGAGGAGGACUUCCAGAUUGUGGAGAAGAAAGUGGAGGCAGAAUUUGAUGAGCAAGCAGAGGAGAGCAACUAUGACGAACAGGUGGACUUUUAUGGCUCCUCCAUGGAAGAGUUUUCCGGAGAAAGGUUGGAUGGGAAUCUAAUUGGGCACAGACAGGAGGCUGCCCUCGCAGCAGGCUACAGUGAGAAUAUUGAAAUGGUGACGGGGAUAAAAGAAGAGGCGUCCCACUUAGGAUUCUCAGCCACUGACAAGCUGUAUCCUUGUCAGUGUGGGAAAAGUUUCACACACAAGAGUCAGCGAGAUCGACACAUGAGCAUGCACCUCGGUCUUCGCCCUUAUGGCUGUGGUGUCUGUGGUAAGAAAUUCAAAAUGAAGCACCAUCUCGUGGGCCACAUGAAAAUUCAUACAGGCAUAAAGCCCUAUGAGUGUAAUAUCUGUGCAAAGAGAUUUAUGUGGAGGGACAGUUUCCACAGGCAUGUGACUUCUUGUACCAAGUCCUAUGAAGCUGCAAAGGCUGAGCAGAAUACAACUGAGGCUAACUAAAAAUAGGGUCUGGCCCUUGAGUGGCAUGCACAAAAAUAAACUAUGGUAAUUAAUGCAAAUCUGGGCACAGAUGAUGCGUGCCACUUGCUAUUAUGAGAGAAGCUUAAAAAGAAAAAAAGGAAGAUAUUUCUGAAAGACCAGCUCUAAGUAGGCCAAUUAAAAAAUUUAAUUCCUCAAAUUUAUAUGUUCUGGUCCUGGCCUAGAAUGGAUGAUGGGGAUAAGUUCACCCAGUGCCCAGCUGGCAAGCAGCCUUUCCAGGCAACGUGACUGAGGCGGUGGACUUGGUGGCACACUGACCCACCAGUUCACUCAGGUGGCAGCAGUUUUCCUCACUCAGUGCCCUGAGGUCACGUUGCAGUUUAUUUUCUCCUGGUGGCUACAGGGAUUCUGGGGCUUUACUUAGGUAGUGCAUCACUGGAUGCUACUUCCCUCGAGGCUACAGCAGCCUGACUCCUGGGCUAGAUGUGAACAGAGCUCUUUCAAGUCUAGUUUCUAAAGUUCUAGCUGAAACUGGCGAUGUUAGAUAGACCCGAGUCCAGGACAGGUGACAUGGUUCAUGUCAUAGUGCUGCAGACUUGACAAACCACGGUUUGUGUUUAGUUCUGAUUGGGUUUGAACCAUUGGGUCUCCUUCUAAGUCUCUGGGUGCCAGACAUAGGUGUUUCUAGUUGCCCCCCUCAUUUAAUGGUGGCAUCUGGGCUAGAUGUCCAGCCUGAAGUUGACUCUUUACAUACAGCAGUGUCCUGUCCCCCCAGCCCCCCCAGAUCAUGGUGCUUCCCAACAAGGGUCAACCAGGGACCACAGCUCAUGGGACCUAGCCAGACUGAGUGGCUAAGAGCGGGACACCCCCAUACUCAGUGAGUGAGAGUCGACAGAGGCAGCAACUUAGAAAAGUCUCAAAACUACACAGGUGUGGGGUGUGCUGUUUAGAGGGUGCACUGAGCAACACCGUCAGCUCUUUCUGGGACCCGGAGUGUGAGUUCAGAGCGGGAAAGGAGUCCUCCAUCAAGUAAUAUCAUCCCCAGAUCAUGUUCCCUAGUCGAAGAGAAAGGUGCACACAUUUACACCCACUAAGGGAAGGAAGGCCGCCCGCCCUUCAAGGCCUGUUCUGCCUGGAGUCGGGUGUUUUAGGGUGGAAAGAAGUCUGGUGUUCAGAAGGCUUUUAAGCGUGUGAUAGGCCUGCAGCUCUUGCUGGGUAUGUGUCUAGACUGCUUUUCGCUACUGGGAAUGUGUUAACAUUCUGACCAAAAGCAGCUGGGGGAGAAAGGGUUUAUGUCAGCUUACACUACUGUGCCACAGUCAUCCCUGAGGGAAGUCACAACAGGAACUUGAAUACUGACAGUCAAGACCAUCAGCUACAGAGGCGCCACAGGCCACUCUGAUUUGGGUCCCGCGGUUGAGACUCCCUUCCCAGAUGACGCUAGGCUGUGUCAAAUUGUCCCCUAGCUAGACAGUAGGACAGGUGUUGCUCCCGUGUCGUCUUUCCAUAAACUUACUGGUCUAUUACUGCUAAGUAGAAACUUUUUUUUCCUUAAAAUAAAAAUUAUUUUUCUUGGAUUUGGGGUGAAAUUUUGUUUUUAAAGUUUGUCUUUCUCUAACGUGACAGACAUUUCUGGCAAGGGCUUCUGAUCAUAAGGCUUCUGACACCAGGGGUUCACCUUUGACCUUUGUUUGGAAAGGGGAAAGAAAAUAGGGACUCGCCAGUAAAUGCUUAUGAUCAAGAUUGUGAAGCAGGGAUCUAUUUACGAACACUGUAUCAAUCUUGGCAUAUAAAAGCACUUUGUAUUUAAGACUUUAUUCUAAGUAUAGAUGUAGAUUUUUUUUUUUAAACCUAGAAACUAGAUAUUACCUCCUAGUGGUUUGGUACAUUCAGAUGCUCUCCCAGUGUUGGAAGUCUGUCUGUCUGCAGAGUCCUCUCUAUGUACCUUGGAAGCACAUAGAGGGGAUUGUAUGGCCACACUCAUAUGCCUCCUAGUCUUCUCACGGGAGAGGCCAGAGGGUUUAGGGAUGACCCUUAGAUGUGUGAGGAUGAAGUAUUUUCAGCUUCUAGUAACUUCUACCCUGAGGCAGUUAAAGCGCUCUGUUGUCAGAAGCUGCUCUGCACCCUGCCCACCCUCGUAUUCACAGAAUGCCUUCUGCCUGUUGAGCUGUCGUCCAUUGAAGUCUCUUCAUGUGAGAGCUAGGACCCUUGUGGAGACGAAUCUGAGGGGAAAGGAGUACCCUGGCAACAUCCGGGUCCUUGGGUUGUGCUGAACCAGUGCCCUUGUCAUGCAUGGUGACAAAGCUUUUGUGAAUAGGUGGGGUGUCCUCGGUCCAGGAGGCAGAGGAGUAACCAUGGUCUAGGCAUUAGAGCCGAGGCUUCUGACCUGCCUUUCCCAGUAGAGGGCCUUCCCGGCACCCCUUCCCUGCUGUAGUACUGGUCUCCACCACUGCCUUAGGAAAGCCUCACCCUUCCAGACAAGCUUGAAUAGUUGUGGACAGCACUGUACAUUUUUGUACAAAGUCCAGUGUUCAGGGACUUCAUCAGUGGCCCACCAGCAGGGUGUUUGUUCUCUACUUUGAGCCUUGACUGGUUUUUCUCCAGUCCUUAUAGGAAAGGGUUCCAGGCCCCGCUGGUUGCAUUUCAUAGUCUGCAUGCACCAUGCCUUCAAUCUUGGAUGCACACUUCAGUGAGCUGCAUGGUCUGGCUCCUUGUGUGCCCUUGUUCUGAGCCCUGACCCAUGGCCCUUGGAUUUCUAUAGCUCACCUUCUCUGGCCAGGUCCGUAGAGCCUGCCCUAAAGCGUUCCCUCCAUUGCAGGGGGUAUUUACUGAACUAGCUGACCCUGGACAGGCUUGUAGCUGUCGGGAAAGCUGCAUGCUGCAGAGGAUGGCACACCCUGACUGGUGUGGAAGGGAGGGUGAGAAACAGGCACCUGUGCUGCAGCAGGGUCCCCAAGGCCGGGGUGAAGCUUAUGAGGUGGUUGCUCGCUGACCUCUGAUCCUUUGGGAAUGCUGGGCACCAAGGGCUGCCCUCGGCCUCCUGUGAUUUAGGUUGCUUUGACUGGUGACUAACUUUAUCCAAUGAAUCCAGGGUUGCUUUGGUUUUUCUUCUGUUGUUGUUUUUUUUCUUCUGCUAUUUACAUAUUUAAAGGUACUAGUUUCUAAUUGCCAAUCUCUACUGAUAGUACCCUGUGGGAACAUGCUGGAACACCUCUGCAAAUGUGAUUUUUUUUUCUUUUUAAAUGUUGCUUGGAGCCUGUGUCCUGUCAGUUGCUGCUGCCUUUCUUUUUAUGAGGUUCCUAAUGUUUCUUCCAGAAAACUUAUUUAUGCAAGUCAGGUGACUCUUAGGCCACAGAACCAUGGGAGGAUAAACAGAUUGUCAUUAGGUGCAUAUCAUGGCUACUUUGUGGACCGCCUGUGUUGCAGAAGUUAAAUAGUUCUUUCUGAAAUGGCUGUCUUCGGUGUACAGCGUGGUUUUAACUGAAUGUUACUGUUUAAUAUUUUCUUCUUAUAGAAGAGACCAUGCCCUUUUGUAUGACACGUUUUAAUAAAUGUUACCUGUCCAUUUUGUACAAA